ACCAGUCCAAGAUGUCCCGUCGCAUCCGCAACGUCUCCGUGUUCAUGACAAAGGAUACCGCGGGGGAUUCGAUAGGUUCGGUGCAUUCAAAAGAGAUAGCAGGAUUCUGGCAGCAUGGCAACGUAAAGAUCGGCCAGUUCCGAAAGUGGCUUGACUUAUGCAUUUUCGUUGCUGAAAGCGAAUGGGGCAUCUAUCCCAUCGCGACAGACAAUGUUGACCCCAGCGACGGGGACAUCAUCUCCGACGUCGACGUUCUGACCCAAGAUCCUGAACAGGUGCUGCCUACGGGCAACUAUGUCGUUUUAAACCGAGAGAAACUUAAGCACGUCGAGGUCUAUCUGUCAAACACUCACUACGAGCGACAAAAGACUUCUCCCAAUCUCAACACCUCGGACGGCCGCAAGUCCAGCUUUCUGCGUCGCGUGCGCAAGCGUGACGAGCGCUGUGUCAUCACCGGCAGACUGGUAUCCGAUGAGGAACCUGUUCUGUUCGGUGCCGCUCAUAUUCUUCCAGUUGCCCUUUUCGAUGCCAAGGGCUUCGAAAGCAUUGCCACCGACAUGGGAGUGCCCUUGGAAGACGCAAAGCUCGACCCUGUGUCAAAUGCAAUUCUUCUCACUCCCAGUGCACACACUCUUUACCAUUACCGUUUAAUUUCCAUCGAUCCCGACAACGACUACGCCGUUACCGACUUCACCAAACCGGGCGAAUUCCAUGGCUGCCGCAUGUACAGUACCAAGCGCGAGAAGUCAGUCAUAGAGAGCGUCCUCUCGACGUGCUCCUCAGAUACCACUAUCAACAAGCGGUGCUGCGAAAUGUGA